AGAACGAAGCAGUGUGACUAUGACAUAGACAUGCAGCAGCGUCGGUUUCUGACGCUGCCAUGACUGAUAAAAGUCAUCCCUUCUUCCUCUUUGUUUAAAGCAGAAUAACCAGUUUCGAUUUGGUGGAGUUCGAGAACCUCAACCUUCAGUAUUUUCCUUUUUUUAAUAGCAAGCUACUUUCUUCUUUCUGAAUAAAAAUAUACUUCUGACUUCUAUCUGGAUCUGCCCAAAAAUCACGAAGAUGGCACGUGUCACCAGUUCCCUUUUGUUCUCAUCUUUCCUGCUUUCGAUGGCAGUGGUCCCAAUUGCUGCUUUCCUGAGAACCGCAACACCAGUCGCGGCGCCAACCAGCGAAGACGCAGCACUCAGACAGAAAGAUCGGAAAGUUAUGACCUAGUUUGAUAUAUUUGGUUUUCAUCGACAUCGCUCUGGAACGGUGAAGAUCAUUGAGUGCAAGGACAUGAUCCACCUCUAAUCAACGUUCCACACCAACCAACGCUCCGCAACGGUCAGUGACAAGCCUUGGACGAUUAUUCGAUCUGGAUAAACGUGAACCGGAUGAAAUUGAAACGGAGGCUUGUUUUCUCACUAGAGACAACAUCAAACCUCCGCGGCCGAGCUCUUCACAUUAUGUUCCCAAGUUUUACAUGCGCAUCUGAGUACAGCAUUGUACGUCGUAAAAUGUUUUUUCUUUAUACAUAGAUAUGAGCAGGGAUCGAUGAAUGAAAUGCUAGAUAUCACGCACUCGUCAAGAAUAGAGACACAAUUUAUUAAUUCUUUGUUUCAUGUCUGUCAUGGUGGAUGCUCUGUCAUCUUUGUGUUUAAUAUUCUAAUCCACAUCAUUGGCCUCCUCUACGUCGGGCGAAGGUGGAGCUACUUCGAGUGAAAGAGAGUCGUCUGCUGAUGCGAAACCGUCUUCCGAGGACUCCACUUCUUCUAUUGUUGGAACAGGCACAGCCACAGCAGUAGAAUCGUCCGUAGAAGUGGGAGCAGCCUCAUCAGUUGGUGGAGCAGGAAGUAGCUCUUCUACUGCAUCUGUUGUAGAUCCUGUAGCAGGAGCAGCAGCAGCAGCAGCAUCUUCCGGAGAACGACCAGGAGAGACAACAAGAACCGAACCGUGGUCCUGGCAAUGUCCAGAGUAUGACGCGGAGGCGGGUGCAGCUGCCUUAAAAGAUCUUCAAGACGUCCUCAAAAAACUAAAACUGCCGGGUGUAACAGAGCGUUCUUCCACAAGUAGUGCGUCGGAUCAUGCAGCCCCUUCCUGGAAGUUUGAAGCCUCCGAGGAGUAUACAAAAAUGGAAGAGUGUGCAGACGAAAUGGCGAGAAAGCUUAAAUCGGAAGCCUGGUGUCCAUACUUCGGCAGUGGAGGUCGAGAGACUCGAAACUUUCUAGAACAGAUCAUGGGUCUUCCUAUCCCAACUUCGAAACCAAAAGCCUUGAAACCUGGGGAGCAAAUACAUCGAGUAGCAAAAGCAAAUGUUGAACAAGUACAAGUGGAGGUUCUAGACCAAGAAGUUGAACAAGACGAGAUCGAGGCAACAUUGGACCAGGCUGAAGAAGCUAAGCAAUUGUUGCAAUACCUUUAUCAGAGAAUAGCAGCGAAGAGGAUCGUCGCAGCCCCUGCUGAAAAGCAGAUGCAGAGUGAGGAAGAUGAGAAGAUGAAAGUAGAUGACGAGGUAGGGGCAGCAACUUUUAGGAGCUCAGUCUCGUCAGAGCCGUCAUCCGGCGCAUCUUCGUUGGUGUCAAGAUGGGUGACGAAACAUCCCUGCUUAACCACCCUGGUCCUUCUCUUAGCUGCUGGUAUUGAUUAAGGCACAAUCACGUAUCACUCUUUCUUGACAUUGAGAAAUAAAAAGGGAUAGAUUGAGCGUCCAAUUGCAAAAUUGCAAUUGCUGGAUUAACAUGAGGAGCAUGACGAGCGUUCUUGCACUGUAUGUUGUCUCUGUCUCAACAUCAAAGCUUGUUUGUUGAUUGAAAAUUGAGGAUUUUGUUUUUACUCUAUGCUGGCCAACGUUCUCCUCGUGCUCGAAGAUCAAGUAGUGGGUGGGGUUCUUCAAAGCACUUCACAAACCUACAACAUGAUAGAUCAUCAGAUGUUGUUAAAACAGACCUUCACCGUCUAACUUUCGCAGACUUGGAGAAAUCCGCCUCCAGGAGAAGGAAUGACUUUCGUUUACCACCCAAACGAUCUUCUGUUUCCCGAUUUGGGAAAUGGAUGCAACUCCUGUGUUGGGAGAAGAGGAGCGGUGAUCACUCCCGAGCCUGCUGGCAAUGACGUCGACGAUGAGGUAGCGUAUGGCUAUGAUUACGGAUUUGGAGAACGGGAAGAAGAGCUACAAGGCUUUUAUCAUGACGUAUUAUUUUGAUUUUUGUUUGAAUUACUAGUAGUACUAGUUGUACUUCCUUGUAAUAGUAGAAUGUAUGUGGAUUUUUUUAUUUUCCGUCAAGCGUGUGUCUGGCUCAGACCUCUUUGUAUCUACUUUCGAGUACUUGUUCUAUACUUGCACCAGUUGUAGAACAGUGUCGAUGUAUGAAUGUACGAUUAUACAAAAAAGCCUAUGUUGAACAAGCUUCAAGAAGAACAAGAAAGAACAACUUCUCGAACCUCGAUGGAAUUUCUGAAGAACCAGCAACAUGUUAAAUAAUACCAAAAGCGACCAUUACCGACUACAGGUCAACGACGGUGUGGCUGCUCCUUGGGGUAGCCGAAAUUUUCCUUGUUUUGGCGAGCACGAAGUUGCUAGGAGAUUUCCGUUCUCCUCGAAGCAGAAUCGUGUGUGCCUGCCAACGACCACCGAAGAUCACAGGGAUGCUAAGUUGAUAGGACCAAACGUCGAGGGUAGGAUUAGGAAUUCUUCGAACGAGCAAACGGCUACUUUGGUUUUGGAUGCACACGAAGACGAGGUAUUUUUGGUUGUUUGAUUUGAUUCCUGGGGUUACGAGAGGACGUUUAUCUUGUUCCUUUUCAAGAGUACGCACCAGAACAUGAACACAUUCAUGAUUUUCCGUGUCUCAUAAGCACGAGAACACGAAUCCAAACAACUCGAAAUUAAUAUGAUAAUCUUCUUGUCAAAGUCAAUAUGCGUUGUGGUUAUCCAAAGCCGACCACUACAACAGGUCCUCCACACCGACGACGACGCCCUCACUGCUGUUCCGAAGCAACAGCGUGAAAAUUUUUUGGCUUCCCGAAGAGCUGCUCCAGCCGUGGGUGUCACACUUGCUGCAGCUGCCGCAGCAGCUGCAUCAUACAUGUACAAGUAGGGUAAUCUUCAAUAAUUUGUUGUCCUAGAAGUAGAAGUUCUACUUCAACACAACAUUGAUCCAUUAAGUGACUUCAAGAACACAACAAAAAUGAUACAGUAUAAGUGACUGCUCUCUCUCUGUCUCAGGAGUUUGUUAUUGACUUACACUUACAGUUCUUCAAUUUUUGGGCGGGUGCCCACAUGGCAUCGAUGACACAUCACGAUGAAUCAGAUCGACGACAAUUAUAGAUACACUUAACGAGAAUAAACGUUUCUUCUUUCUCGAUUGCAUGCAACUGCAUACCUCUAUCAAUCUGAACACUAGCACUACCAAAUUAACGACACUAAGAACGGCGUACUCCCGGAUCUCGAACAACUAGAUGCACCACUACAACUCGCUGUUGCUUGUUGUUUUACUUAAGCACGGCGUUGAGCACUGCUGCAUUUGGAAAAAUAAUGAACAUGAAGCAGUUCAUCUAUAGUCAUCUCAAUGCAAGUGGUUUCUUGUGAAUCUUCAUCACUUCAAUUUGACUGACGUCGAUGCUCUCCUAAGUACAUUCAUUCUUUGUCCUUUUGUUUUUGUGGGCGGGAUUUGAUAGGUCCUGAGGCCAUAUCGAUAUUGCAUCAUGAUGAGCUAGCUCCUUAUGUCAUAAUGUACCUGUAUGGUGAGCUACUUUUUACACCAAGUAAACCAAGAGGUUUUUAGAAGUUCGAGCUGGAACUCAUCUCUGUCUCUGCGUCUCGCUGCGAAUGGAAGGUUAUUGACAACUACAAACCUCGGCCCUUUGAUGUUGGUCGCUCUUAGCGUAAAUGGAGUCCUCGUUUGCAUAAGUACAUUGAACAAACUAGUGGAAAAUGUUGUUUUUUCUUGUGAAAAAAAAUUAAAAAUGGAUGUGCCUGGAUUAGGAU